AUGCUGCGCUGCGCGCAGUGGUGCACGGGGCUGACAGACUUCGGCGACACGAGUUUCGUGACGGCCAUGCGACUAGCGGCGAAGGACGCGCGCGAAAAUGCGAACCUGUCGACGUUUGGACGAAUCGCCAUCUGGCUCGACGUGCAGCGCUUGCUGCAAAGCAGGCUACACCUGGUGGAGCACCGCAAGCAACACCCCGAGAUCGAGGACGAGCCCAUCAAGGCGCCGCUGGUGGUGCUGGGCAUGCCGCGCACGGGCACAACGCUCCUCUUCAACCUGCUCUCCCUCGACUCGCGCACCUUCCGCACGCCGCGCACGUGGGAGUGCCACCAUCUGUACCCGCCGCCACAGCGUGCCACGUACGACAAUGACGCGCGCGUGGGGCUCAUGGAGGAGUCGCUCUUUGCGCUGGACACUCUCGUGCCGGACCUCAAGCAUAUCCACCACAUGACUGCUCAGGGCCCACAGGAGACCUUUGAACUCAUGUGCUACGACUGCACGUCGUUUGUGCUGCCAUUCGCGUACCUGCACGCGCCACAGUACCUCGACUGGUUCAUGGCCUCGCACAUCACGCCCACCUACCGCUUCCUGCGCUGGCAGCUGCAGUAUCUGCAGCACCACGGCCCCUCCGCCCCGCACUGGCUGCUCAAGAGCCCCGAGCACAUCUUCUCCCUGCCCGCGCUGCUGCAAGUCUUCCCUGAUGCUCGCGUGGUGUGCACUCACCGGGACCCCCUGCGCGUGCUGCCCUCCGCCCACUCCCUCAUGCGCUGCUUCCGCUCCCUCACCUGCGAGCAAGUGGACGAUGCCACUAUAUCAACCCUGUGGGCCCCGCAUCUGGCUCGCGCACUGGAUAACAUGAUUGCUCUCCGGGAGAAGGCUGCUGAGCGGGAGAAGAUGCGGGCCGAGAGGGCAAUUCGGAGGGAGGUCGACUUUCAGGACUCUUCCAGUGACGACUGCUGCAGCGUGUGCAGCGACAGCAGCCGCAGCAGCGGCGAAAUGGGCAGCACGAGCUCCAAUUCUGACUCGGAGCAGGACGAGAACGCGGAUGGGGAUGAUGAGAGCAACGGGGGGAGCGAUCAAGAAGUUACCCGGGAGGCAGAUGAGGAGGAGGAAGAGGAGGAGGAGGAGGAGGAGGAUGAGGAGGAGGAGGAAGAGGAGGAGGAGUGGAGGGCGUCGCUGGCAGUAGAUGUGCUGUAUCACGAGUUUGUGCGCGACCCCAUUGCGCAGAUCAAGCGCAUCUACGCGCACUAUGGCGAGGAGCUCUCCCCGUGGGCGGAGCACCGCAUGCGCCAGUACCUUGCAGAAGAUGCCAAGGAGCGCAAGGCGCAGCGCCACGUGUACCGGUGGGAGGACACCCACCUGGACAAGCAGGAGCAGCGCGCACGCUUCGCUCACUACGUGGCGCACUUUGGCGUGCAGCACGAGGCGUAA